CAUGUGUCACAUUUUUACACAUUCGGUAUCAAUAUUUAUUGAUUAAUAAAUUAUACAAAAGACAUAAACAUCGCUGUUAUGUUUAAAUUAUUUGUUCAAAAUGUCAAAAGAUAUUAUUUACACUAACCUGGAUAGAACUGCUGUGAAAUAUUAUUGUAACGGUGCAAAUCCUAGCGUAAAAUGCCUGUCUUUACGGCUAAUAUUCCCGCUUUGCUUAAAGUUGGCGACAAAAUUGAAAUUGGUGGAAAAAUUAAGGACAACGCCCGAAAGAUGUCGGUUAAUCUCUGCGCUCAAGAAGGCGAGGAACCAAGGGACGUGGUGCUGCAUUUCGAUGUGAGAUUCCAUCGCGACAAUAUUAUUUCUCUGUCAAGGAAAAACGGUAUCUGGAUAGGCAGCGGCAACUACGACACUAACUAUAAUAUGUUUGUACCUGAAUUUAAUAAUUAUCUACAUUCAGGUACGAUAUUUAGGAUAGUCUUCGAAGUGAAGGACACAGAUGUGAUUACAAUCUAUUGUCAGGGCAAAUUUCAUUCUAACUUCUUGCCGAAAAUCCCGCUGAGCAUGGCGCGCUACAUCGUCGCCUGGGCUGAUGUAGAGAAAAUUUCACAUUGUUACUUCCAUUUCGGGUAUAAAGGCGUUGGUGACGAAGAAAGGCCAGGAUUUCCGCCAAUGCAAUCACCGCGAGCACCCCCAAAUAUGGUAGUCGGAGAUAACAAGAGAUGUCAACGACCUCAUAAAAAGUUAACCGGUUCACCAGCUCUUCACUCUUCGAACGAAAGUUCAGAAGAUGAACACGGUAAAGUAAGGGCAAAAGCAGAAGGAAGAGCGGAUCGUUUUUUUUAUGAAACAUUAAUGUGUCAAGCUCCGGACUAUUCUAAAUUCGUACACGACCCCAAAUGUAGACGCGACAAGGUGCCACCACGCGCGAAAGCAGAAUACAGCAAAAAAUAUAGAGAGAUUUCUGAUAGCGAAAAGAAUGACACGGAGGAUUUUUCCGAGGAGCUAGUUUCCAAAACCAUGGAUUCGUCUAUGAUCGAAUCAGAAGAAGUGCCGGAAAUGAUGUUGAAAAAAAGAUGUCGCCGAGGGAAGUUUGCGCCACUAGCCCAGGUCGUAAAUUUUAUGGGAAAAACAAAGAGGAACUAAUUAUGCGCCACCGUGGCCAAUUUUUUUAUCACUGGUAAUUUUAUACAUGACUUCAAUUAUUUUGUACGUACAAUUGUUUUUUUAACCUUU